AUGCAUUCUCUUCCAUUGCUUCUUUCCCUAGGCGGCCUUGGCCUUGCCUUACCUCAAGCCUCCAGCAACUACAGCAUCGUAUCCAUUCCAUACGAAUAUACAUAUCUCCUUCCUGAUGGAUUUACGGGCAACACGAACUACACCUUCGUCAACAGCACACACACGAGCAAUAGCUCGAUCAACGACCUCUUCUCCGCAGCCAAAGCCGCCCCGAUCAUCUCCUACGACCAAGAGUUCCUCGACCUCGUGGGCCCGAACCCAGAGAUUAAGCUCAUCGAAGAACGACCCGAAGGCCAUGACUUCGCCUACGAGAUGGGAGUCUGGGUGCCCGAACGCAAUUCUGUCUGGUUCACAUCCUCCGUCUCCGGCGACCGCAUCCCGCCCGCUCUCUACGAACUCGACUUGACCUCGAACAAAAUCAGCGAAAUCCAAACCAACCAACCCAUCACCAACCCAAAUGGCGGUUACUACUUCCAAGGCAAAGUCUGGAUCGCCACCUACCCCGACAACCAGACCUACUCCGGCGGCAUCGUCUCCGUGGACGUCAACACGCUGGAAGUUGAAACGGUCGUGAACUCCUACUUCGGCCUACGCUACAAUGGCGUGGACGAUAUCGUUUGGGCGACCACGCCAGAUAAUUGCAGCUACAUGUACUACACCGACCUCAACUUCGCCUAUCUGGGCUACGAGAAUCUCCCGCCCAUCCAACUCCCCGCCGCAGUGUACAGAUGGGACCCACAGAACCGCGUCGUCUUGCCCGUUAUUUCGAGGAAUCAAAUCAACCCCAAUGGCGUGCGCGUGAGUCCUGACAUGAAGACGUUGUACGUCACGGACUCGACCGCAACUUUUGCCGAAGCUGGACCGUACUCGCCGGCUUCAGGGCCGGGCGAUACGUUUUGGUUGGGUCCGUACGUGUGGGCUUGGGAUUUGAAUGAGAGGGGGUUGCCGGUGAACCGACGGUUGUUUGCGCAGGUGAGGCAGGGGAUUGCGGAUGGGAUUCAUGUUGAUGAUGCUGGGAAUGUGUGGACUGGCGAGUACGAAGGCGCUGUAGUGCGGAACCCGGCCGGGAAGACGAUUGGAGUGUUCAACUCGCAGUACUUCCAGGCGGAUAAGGAUGCAGGGACACAGUUGGGCUUUGCCAAUUUUGCGAUUGCUGGCGAUACGUUGGUGGUGUUAUCGACGACGAGGUUGUGGACAGUCAAGCUGGCGAAGACGGUCGUUGCUAGGGAUAGCCCGAUCGUGAACUGA